UGCGGGCUCUUAAUUAAAGAAAAGCGAAAGCGAAUUUGUGCUUCUGUCCUCGCCUCGGAGUGCGGGCGCAAAUGGCCGGGGCACAGCCGGGGGUGCACGCGCUGCAGCUGAAACCUGUCUCCGUGUCAGAGACUCUGAGGAAGGGCAGCAAAUUCAUGAAAUGGGAUGAUGACUCCGCGGUGAUGCCUGUGACUCUGAGAGUGGACCCGCACGGCUACUUCCUGUACUGGACGGAUCAGAACAAGGAGACCGACCUUCUGGACAUUGCCUACAUCAAGGACACCAGGAAUGGGAAAUUCACCAAAACUCCAAAGGAGGCUAAGCUGCGGGAGCUCCUGGAGGUGGGCAGCCUGGUGGGGAAGAUCGAGAGCCGUCAGCUGACCGUGGUGAGCGGCCUUGACAUGGUCAACAUCACCUACCUGAACUUCGUGGCCUUCCAGGAGGACCUGGCAAAGGAGUGGGCUGAGGAGCUGUUCAGUCUGGCAACCAACCUGCUGGCACAGAACAUGCCCAGAGACGCAUGUCUGGAGAAAGCGUACACCCGCCUGCACCUGCAGCUCAACCCUGAGGGCCGCAUCCCUGUGAAGAACAUCUUCCGCAUGUUUUGCGCUGACAGGAAGCGCGUGGAGACGGCUCUAGAGAACUGUGGUCUGCCCUCAGGCCGGAAUGACUCCAUCCCCCAGGAGGACUUCACCCCAGAGAUUUACAGAGUUCUGCUCAACAGUAUCUGCCCCCGUCCCGAGAUUGACCACAUCUUCUCUGAGUACGGGGCUAAGAGCCGGCCGUACCUGACGCAGGAGCAGCUGACGGACUUCAUCAACAGCCGGCAGCGCGACCCGCGGCUGAACGAGAUCCUGUACCCCCCCCUCCGGCCCGAGCAGGUCCAGCAGCUCAUCGACAAGUACGAGCCGAACAGCACCCUGGCACAGAGAGGGCAGAUGUCGGUGGAGGGGUUCUCUCGGUAUUUGAGUGGGGAGGAGAACGGGGUGAUUCCCCCCGAGAAGCUGGACCAGAGUGAGGACAUGACCCUCCCCCUGUCCCACUACUUCAUCAACUCCUCCCACAACACCUACCUCACAGCGGGGCAGUUGGCGGGCAGCUCCUCAGUGGAGAUGUACAGGCAGGUGCUGCUCUCUGGGUGUCGCUGUGUGGAGCUGGACUGCUGGAAGGGCCGCACCGCCGAGGAGGAGCCCGUCAUCACACACGGCUUCACCAUGACCACCGAGAUCUCCUUCAAGGAGGUGAUCGAGGCCAUCGCGGAGUGCGCCUUCAAAACGUCCCCCUUCCCCGUCAUCCUGUCGUUCGAGAACCACGUCGACUCGCCAAAGCAGCAGGCCAAGAUGGCGGAGUACUGCAGGUCGAUAUUUGGUGAUGCGUUACUAACCGAACCACUGGACAAAUAUCCUUUGGACCCGGCCGUGCCCCUGCCCAGCCCACAGGACCUGCUGGGCCGGAUCCUGGUGAAGAACAAGAAGAAGUCUGAGGGCAGCGGCAAGAAGAAGCUCUCUGAGCAAACUUCCUCUUUCAGCGACACGUCCAGUGUGUGUGAGCCCUCUUCACCCAGCACAGGAGAGGUGGAGGCAGAGAGCGAGGAUGAUGAAGAUGAAGAUGAUGAUGGUAAAAAGUCCUCCAUGGACGAGGGUACAGCAGGAAGUGAGGCGUUUGCUACGGAGGAAAUGUCCAACUUGGUGAACUACAUCCAGCCUGUCAAGUUCAACAGCUUUGAGGCCUCCAAAAAAAUCAGCCGCAGUUAUCAGAUGUCUUCAUUUGUGGAGACUAAAGCGCUGGAACAGCUCACCAAGUCUCCUGUGGAGUUUGUGGAAUACAAUAAGAGGCAGCUGAGCCGGCUGUAUCCUAAAGGAACGCGGGUGGACUCCUCCAACUACAUGCCCCAGGUCUUCUGGAACGCCGGCUGCCAGCUUGUGGCCCUCAACUUCCAGACCAUAGACCUGGCCAUGCAGCUGAACCUGGGCAUGUUCGAGUACAAUGGGAAGAGUGGAUAUCGACUCAAACCCGAGUUCAUGAGACGCCCUGAUAAGCACUUUGACCCCUUCACUGAGAGCACGGUGGACGGCAUCGUAGCCAACACUCUGUCAGUGAAGAUCAUAUCGGGGCAGUUCCUGUCGGAUAAGAAGGUGUAUGUGGAGAUCGACAUGUUCGGCCUGCCUGUGGACACCAGGAGGAAAGCCUUCCGAACAAAAACAUCGCAAGGAAGCGCCACCAACACAGUCUGGGAGGAAGAGGCCAUCGUUUUCAAGAAGGUGGUUCUGCCCACUCUGGCCUCCCUGCGGAUCGCUGUGUUUGAGGAAGGAGGGAAGUUCAUCGGCCAUCGCGUCGUCCCGGUGUCCGCCAUCCGGCCAGGGUUCCACUACAUCGGCCUGAGGAACGAGAGGCACCAGGCUCUGACUCUACCUGCACUGUUUGUCUACAUAGAAGUCAAGGACUACGUUCCUGACACCUAUGCAGAUGUGAUCGAGGCUCUGUCCAACCCAAUCCGAUACGUCAGCCUGAUGGAGCAGAGAGCCAAUCAGCUCGCUGCGCUCACUCUGGAGGAGGAGGAAGUGGUCAGCGAGGAGGUGGAGCCCAGUGGAGACACCCCAGCUGAACCCAACACUGAGCCAAAACCUUCUCCAGCAGAGAACGGGGUCAACCACGCCCCCUGCAUCACCCCCAAGACCCCGUCCCAGAUCACCCACGCCCCCCAGUCUACAGGGUCAGUGAAGCCAGCGGUGAAAACUGAAGACAUCAUACAGAGUGUGUUCACAGAGCUGGAGGCUCAGACUCUGGAGGAGCUGAAGCAGCAGAAGGCCUUUGUGCGCGAGCAGAGGAAGCAGUAUAAAGAGAUGAAGGACCUGGUGAAGAAGCACCACAGGAAGACCACGGACAUGAUCAAAGAGCACACAGCCAAGUACAGUGAGGUCCAGGCCCAGUACCUGCGCAAACGCGCCCUGCUGCACAAAUCCGCCAAACGAGACGGUAAGAAAAGAUCCUCCUACAGCCCGGAGCACCAGCUGUCCUCCAUGGAGCAGGACCUGGCCUCUCUGGACCAGGAGAGCAGCCUCAGGACGGCCCAGCUGAAGGAGCAGCAGCAGAGGCAGCUCCUGGACCUGCGGCAGGAGCAGUACUACAGCGAGAAGUACCAGAAGCACCAGCACAUGAAGCAGCUGGUGGAGAAACUGACUGCUGUGGCAGAGGAGUGUCAAGCCAAUCAGCUGAAAAAGCUGCAUGAGAUCUGUGAGAGGGAGAAGAAAGAAUUGAAAAAGAAAAUGGACAAGAAAAGACAGGAGAAGAUGAAUGAGGCCAAGUCUAAAGAGAAGAACCUAACAGAGGAAGAGAAACUAGAGAUCAACAGAUCAUACGUCAAUGAGGUGGUACAGACCAUCAAACGGCUGGAGGACGCUCAGAGCCGACGGCAGGAGAAGCUGCAGGAGAAGCACCAGGACAUCCGGCAGCUGAUCCUGGAUGAGAAGCCCAAGCUCCAGAGCGAGCUGGAUCAGGAGUACCAGGACCGGUUCCACCGGCUCCCUGUGGAGAUCCGGGAGUUUGUGCAGGACACCACUAACCCUGCCCACCUGGCCCCCUCUACCAAUGAGAGGCUCAGCCCCCGAGCCGGCCAAUCAGAGGAGGACAUGGAGGAGGAGCCCGUCGAUAGAGCAUUUGACACUCAGCUGUAGAGCCUUUACCUGGGUAACCAUGGUAACCCUCCCCCGGCCCUGCUACACCAUUGUAGAGCUACCUUUACCUGGGUAACCAUGGUAACCCUCCCCCAGUCCUGUUACACCUAUAGAGCCCCAUUGCUCUCCCACCUUUACCUGGGUAACGGAGUUUUGGGUUUCUGUGUAAAAAGUAGCCAGUCUGGGAGGAAAUAACCAUUUACUUGAACUGUCCUGAGAGAAAGGAACCUCUGACAUCACCUUCAAUAGGGUGGUUUUAACUCACACCUGC